GAAAAGUAAUGUUGAGAAUGAUUACCGGUGUUUUCUUCUAUUUUUGACAAUCUUGAGAAGUUCUGGGCGAGCGUGUGUCCAAAUUUAGCCUUUUUUUCUGUGUCAAACUGGCAAGCCGGCUGGGGACUGUUUGAUGGACUAGAUUGCUAGUAGAAAUUUAAACAAUAUUUAUACUCUCGGCUAAUGUAUUUUUUCAGCUAGUCAUUAACGGACGUUUUCAACUCUAUUGAGUAGUCUAUGUAGCUAACUGAAAGGAGCGAUACUGAAGACACCGUUCGCUGUUUUAGAAGAACAAAAAAGUCGGAACGCUUUGAAGAAAUAGGCUAUGGGCGUAGUGCUUUUGGCGUCACAGUGCCAUCUGUUGUUGUAACAACAAACUGACAUUUAAAGUCUAGACUUCGUGUAUAAGACGACCCUGCUUUUUUCGGAAUAUUACGUUAAAUAGGAGUUAGAGUUAAUCCAUUCGUUCAUGAGUGUGGAAAUUUGGAUGAUAUUGAAAUAUCCUAAUCCCACAGAAAGACAGGUGCCAUGAGUAUGGUAAUCCCUUUCUUGGCUUCAUGCCCACUUAAUUCAUUAUCGUAUGGAGAGAGGAGCUGCCAGCAAAGAUGACCAUUUACCAGCCUCAGUAAAGGAGGGGCCCCAUUUAUAACUGAGAGCACUCUUUACACACUGACGGCUCCAUGAGCUCAUGUCAAAAUGUGUUACCAUGUGAAGGUUGGAAAGGGGUAUGGUUUAAAACAUACAACUUGUUCAUUGGGAGAAGGCGAGUGUGACUGAUGUUUUACUAAUCGUCAAGAAGGUGCUGUACCAAGAAAUUCCAUUGGGAUAUUAUCAACCUCACACAGUCAUGACUGAAGGGAAGAGUCUGGAGAAACCUGAGGAGAGGAGAGGGAGGCUAACUGCUGUACUGGCUUUGGCCACCCUCAUAUCAGCCUUUGGAUCUUCCUUCCAGUAUGGCUACAACGUAGCUGUUGUGAACUCUCCAUCGCUGUUUAUGAAGCAGUUUUACAACACCACCUACCUGGAGCGUUACGGCCGACCAAUGGAAGAAACCUUCCUGACUCUUCUAUGGUCCCUGUCUGUGUCCAUGUACCCUCUGGGGGGCUUCCUAGGAUCUCUGCUGGUGGCACCCCUGGUCAACAAGCUGGGAAGGAAAGGAACCCUCCUUUUCAACAACAUCUUCUCCAUCGUCCCUGCCAUCAUAAUGGGAGUGAGCGAGAUCGCCAAGUCAUACGAGAUUAUCAUCUUUGCUCGAGUUUUAGUGGGCAUCUGUGCAGGGUUGUCAUCCAACGUUGUCCCCAUGUACCUGGGAGAGCUUGCCCCUAAGAACAUGCGGGGUGCGAUUGGCAUCGUGCCCCAGCUCUUCAUCACCGUAGGCAUCCUCAGCGCCCAGGUUCUGGGCAUCAGAAACAUCCUGGGAAACAGCACAGGCUGGCCUUUGAUGCUGGGCCUGACAGGCAUCCCUGCCCUGGUAGAGCUGCUGCUCCUGCCGUUCUUCCCUGAGAGCCCCAGGUACUUGCUCAUCCAGAAGGGGGAUGAGAAAACCGCCAAGAGAGAGCUGCAGCGCCUACGAGGCUGGGAGGACGUGGAAACCGAGCUGGAUGAGAUGCGUCUGGAGGACCAAUCAGAGCAAGCCGAAGGGCGUCUGUCAGUGCUUUCUCUCCUAUCACAGCGCUCUCUUCGCUGGCAGCUUAUCUCCAUCAUAGUCUUGAACAUGGGCCAGCAACUGUCAGGGGUCAAUGCUAUCUAUUACUAUGCAGAUAGUAUUUAUGGCUCUGCAGGAGUUGAGGAAAAUGACAUCCAGUAUGUGACUGUCGGAACUGGGGCUGUUAAUGUUUUUAUGACCAUAACUGCGGUGUUCAUUGUGGAGGCUUCAGGGAGAAAGCUGCUCCUCCUCAUUGGCUUCGGGAUCUGCUGUGGAGCCUGUGUUGUCCUGACCGUGGCUCUCAGACUCCAGGACAGUGUGGAUUGGAUGCCCUACAUCAGCAUAGCCUGUGUCAUUUUGUACGUCAUUGGACACGCCAUUGGCCCCAGUCCCAUUCCAGUUGUGGUGACCACAGAGAUGUUCAGGCAGUCCUCCAGGUCAGCUGCGUUCAUGGUGGCAGGAUCUGUACACUGGUUGUCCAACUUCACUGUAGGACUGGUGUUCCCUUUCAUGGAGAAAGGACUAGGACCAUACAGUUUCCUAAUCUUCUCUGUGAUCUGCCUGGUUACCCUGAUCUACACCUGGCUGGUGCUCCCAGAGACCAAAAACAACACCUUCCUGGAGAUUAGCCAAAUGUUUGCCAAGAGAAACAAGGUAGAGAUCAGGCUGGGCGAUGAAAACAGUCCUACCAAUGCGACAGGAUGUCUGAAGGAAGUAGAGAUGGUCUCUACCUUCUGAGAGAGAUGUGACCUCUUAUCACUUGUCGUCCAGAACCAGACAAAGAACUUUAAACUCUGGUGGAAUGUGGAAUGGAAUUGACAAUAUAUGUCAAAUAAAUUAACAAUGUGAAUACCCAAGUAAUUUAGAAUUUUAUUGAGGAUUAUAAAUUAUAAUUGGCAGAUAUAUUUGAAAGCUCUCUCCCUGUGUUCCACGUCUAGAAUAUAAUCUGCUAUUCAUUAAACAUUUGACAAUGUCAGAGAGAGUUUUUACAGA